UGUGAGUGCUGGUAGUGUCGCCUGCUAACAAUGAGUUCAUCUGUCAAUCGUCGUACAAAUCUGAAGAUAUCAGCGGGAGCCUUAGUAUGCGACGAAAGUAUUUUGAAAGGGGAUAUUACUAUUGGUCCCAAGACCGUAGUACAUCCGAAAGCAAGUAUCAUUGCAGAAGCUGGGCCCAUUAUAAUAGGUGAAGGAAAUAUUAUUGAGGAAAUGGCAACAAUAGCAAACAGAUUACCUCCAGAUGCACCUGAACCAUCUACAGUUCCAGUGCAAAUAGUUGGUAGUUUUAAUGUAUUUGAAACAGACUGCACUUGUGAAGCAUACAAAGUAGGAGAUAACAAUAUUUUGGAAAGCAAAGCAUUUGUUGGCCGUGAAGUUGAGUUGACCAGUGGUUGUGUUAUUGGAGCAGCUUGUUCAUUAACUGAACCAGAGGCAAUACCUGAAAAUACUGUAGUGUAUGGCAGUGAUUGUCAACGUAGAGAAAUGCACGAUAAACCAUACCCUCAGGUAGGUCAAUUAGAGUUUUUAUUGAAAAUACUACCUAAUUAUCACCACCUUAGAAAGCCUAAUGUAAAACCAAUAAAAAGUGAAGGAGGAGCAUAAAGCUAUUACUGCACUACUGAAUAAUUCAGUACUGUGCUUGUAAUAUGUCGACUUAAGAUCACCAAAAAAAUGUUAAUAUCUCAUUAAGU